AUCAGCGAGAACACACAAGAAGAAGUUAAUCGAGACAGGAUCGAGAAACGACAAAAGGUACAGUUCCAGCUUCCUUUGAUAGCAAAUUACAGCGGGAAGUGGAAAAAGGUCAGCAGCAGGAGGACGAUAUGGAUUUUAUCUCGCGGCGAAAAGUGGGUCACAAUGAAGGCACCUAUGCGCACGCUUCGAUUAUCGAUUGAAACGUUACGUGCCUUGGUCCGUACGCUGGAUCUCAUUUACGGGAACGCAGUGGUCGUGGACGUUCGUGGUGUGACUUUCUCGCAGUAGGCCAGCGGCUGACAUCUUUCAUUUGUGAUUCCGCCGUCGCGGUUUUUGGAAAAAUGCGGUGAAAUUCGAUGUAGACCGACGUGUGCCUUCGCGAAAUCGGCCAUUUUGGUAGUGCGUGUUUCACGAAAACGGAUAGGAUCGCUUCUGGCAGCUACCCUCAACGGUUGUGCGUGGAAGUGGUGGCAGCUCGGUGUCGCCCACAGGACACAGCCGUGAAACCGAAAACGAUCGUGUUCUUGGGUUAGUGAGCAAACAGCCUCGAACAAAAUGGCAGGAAACGUGGGUAUGGAACAGUUAAUCCCGAUCGUGAACAAGCUGCAAGAUGCGUUCACACAACUUGGGGUGCACAUGCAACUUGAUCUGCCACAAAUCGCCGUGGUAGGUGGUCAGAGCGCAGGAAAAAGUUCUGUUCUCGAGAACUUUGUCGGGAAGGAUUUCUUACCUAGAGGAUCAGGCAUUGUAACCAGAAGACCGCUUAUCUUACAAUUGAUUAAUAGUACAACUGAAACUGCUGAGUUUUUACACUGUAAGGGUAAAAAGUUUGUGGACUUUGAUGAAGUGAGGAAGGAAAUUGAAGGAGAAACAGACAGGGUAACAGGCAGUAACAAGGGUAUUUCCAACAUACCCAUCAAUUUGAGAGUAUAUUCGCCUAAUGUUCUGAAUUUAACAUUGAUUGACUUGCCUGGUCUCACAAAAGUACCAAUUGGAGAUCAACCAGCAGAUAUAGAAGCUCAAAUCAAAGCCAUGAUUUUCCAAUUCAUCAAAAGAGAAAAUUGUCUUAUAUUGGCGGUAACUCCAGCAAACACUGAUUUAGCAAAUAGCGAUGCUCUCAAACUUGCUAAAGAAGUUGAUCCUGAAGGUGUGCGUACUAUUGGCGUUAUUACAAAAUUGGAUCUUAUGGAUGAUGGUACCGACGCAAGAGAUAUUUUGGAAAAUAAAUUGCUACCUCUGAGGCGAGGUUACAUUGGUGUCGUUAACAGAAGUCAGAAAGAUAUAGAAGGUCGAAAAGAUAUAAAAAAUGCUUUAGCCGCCGAAAGAAAAUUCUUCCUAAGCCAUCCAUCUUAUCGGCAUCUAGCUGAGAGAUUAGGAACGCCGUAUUUGCAACGAGUUUUGAACCAACAAUUGACGAAUCAUAUUAGGGACACUUUGCCAGCAUUGAGGGACAGAUUACAAAAACAGUUGCUUACAUUGGAAAAGGAUGUUGACCAAUACAAACAUUUUAGACCCGAUGAUCCCGCCAUAAAAACAAAAGCUAUGUUACAGAUGAUACAGCAGCUCCAGUCAGAUUUUGAAAGGACUAUAGAAGGCUCCGGAUCCGCGCAAAUCAAUACAAAUGAACUCAGCGGAGGCGCUAAAAUAAACAGAUUAUUCCACGAACGUUUCCCAUUCGAAAUAGUUAAAAUGGAAUUUGAUGAAAAAGAAUUGAGAAGAGAGAUUGCUUUCGCCAUUAGGAACAUUCAUGGUAUCAGGGUUGGGCUGUUUACUCCCGACAUGGCCUUCGAGGCAAUAGUCAAGAAACAAAUCAAUAGACUCAAAGAACCCAGUCUAAAAUGUGUAGACUUAGUUGUGCAGGAACUCAGUAACGUUGUACGCAUUUGCACGGACAGGAUGUCGCGUUAUCCUAGAUUGAGAGAAGAAACGGAACGUAUCAUAACCACUCACAUUAGGCAACGAGAACAGAUGUGCAAGGAGCAGUUGGUACUUUUGGUUGAUUGUGAACUGGCUUAUAUGAAUACAAAUCACGAAGAUUUCAUUGGUUUUGCCAACGCGGCAGCCAGUAGCCAUAAUGCAAGUGCACAACAGUCUUCAGAAAAUGCUGUUAAAUCCGGCCGCCACACAUUAGGCAAUCAAGUUAUUCGUAAAGGGUACAUGUGCAUUCAUAAUCUUGGUAUAAUGAAAGGUGGUUCCAGAGAUUAUUGGUUUGUCUUAACAUCAGAGAGUAUUUCAUGGUUCAAAGACGAAGAAGAACGCGAAAAGAAGUACAUGCUACCUUUAGAUGGAUUGAAAUUGCGCGAUUUGGAACAAGGCUUCAUGUCUCGGCGACAUUUGUUCGCUUUGUUUAAUCCAGAGGGCAGAAAUGUUUAUAAGGAUUACAAACAGCUUGAAUUGAGUUGUGAAACACAGGAUGACGUUGACUCCUGGAAGGCCUCUUUCCUCAGAGCUGGAGUAUACCCUGAGAAAUCAACGGAGCAAACCAAUGGAGAAGGAGAGGAAGGAUACGAGGGUGGAUCAGAGGCUCAGUCAUCAAUGGAUCCUCAACUGGAGCGUCAAGUGGAAACCAUUAGGAAUUUAGUUGAUUCAUACAUGAAGAUUGUUACAAAAACUACUCGCGAUCUGGUUCCAAAGUCAAUUAUGCAUUUGAUCAUUAAUAAUGCAAAGGACUUCAUCAAUGGAGAGCUGUUAGCGCAUCUCUAUGCAAGCAGUGAUCAGGCUUCGAUGAUGGAGGAAUCGCCCGAGGAAGCACAAAAACGUGAAGAAAUGUUGCGUAUGUAUCACGCGUGCAAGGAGGCGCUUCGUAUCAUUGGAGACGUCUCGAUGGCAACAGUUUCCACUCCCGUGCCGCCGCCAGUGAAAAAUGAUUGGUUGGCAUCUGGCGAAAAUCCAAGUCUUGGGUUAUCACCACCAUCACCUGGUGGGCCAAGACGUGGAGUGACACAGCCACCACCUCUUUCUAGUUCUCGAGCACCGCCGCCGGUUCCGACUGGCGCCCGGCCAGCACCGGCCAUUCCUAACCGACCUGGACCCGGUGGACCACCACCGUCGCGUGCUACGCCUGGCCUACCUCCUCCUCUAAUACCAUCUCGUGGGGGUGGUCUACAGCAGAGGGUGACGCAAGCCGCGACGCAAGCCGCUGCUAACGCCGCUGUGAACGAGCUGAUGGAUGCAUUCAAGAUCAAGCGUCCCGUACCCAAUAUUCCUCCCCGAAUCCCCGACAGACCGUACUACGGCCGAUUAAACUGAGCUAGUCCAUGGAGAGCACACUACACCUGUGCGCAUCCACGCCCGAGAGUAUUCGAGGAAUGUCGUUCUGAAACGAGCCGAUGACCGGGACACGGGAACAAGCUCAGGACAAAGCUGGGAGACGUCACUCGACGUAAAACGAGUGACGUCGAUAAUCCGGGGUGACCCUGGACGCGUCGUUCGGGUCUGCGCCCUCCUUUGAUCUCGACAGCCACGAGGUAAUUGCGUUCGUCCGCGCGACGAGGGAAGAUCCCAAAGGAGGGACAGCACGAUCCCACGGAGCAGGAGGAACAAGGCUGUGCCAGAAAAAAAAAAAAGAAUAAAAAGUAACGAGAGAGAAAGAGGAACCAAGAGAAACGAACAAGACGAAUGGCCAGCGCUAAGGGAUUUAACGGUUCGUCUAGUCUGUUGCUCGAUAGUCGGCAGCCAGAGAUUCAAUCCAGUCACACUUCUUACUUCUUCUUUCUCUGAGAUUUUUUUCGUCUUCUAUGUUUUAUUUAUACCGCUAGACGAGUUUAGGUUACGUGUAGUUGCUAAGUAUUAAAGAUGGCGCGCUGGUCGAUGCGCCCGCGACGAACUCCGAUGGAACGAUUUUGUUUAGCUCGUAACGCGGUGGCGACAGACGGUUUUCCGAGAAGAAGCGGCGCGGUUAUCGAUCCGUACUCGGAAUUUUCGGUUUCGUUCGGAGCUAUCAGUAUUAUAGGUAAGAAUGGAGAGUCAACGAUGUUUCAUUUUUCAGUCACGGGAUCGCUCCAGGUUCGGUUGGAUCGCCGUCGGUUGAACGUUAACGCGGACACGUGUAUCGAUCGUUAUCUUUUCGAGAGGUGUAGCGUUGUGAAUUCGUAUACCGUCAUCUGGGGUGGGAUUGUGCCACUUUUCUGUAUAUUUCACAACGGAUCCUGAUUUCUUUUCUAGCGAACCUAUAGUCGUAGCAAGAUCUUUGGCUGUUAUGUUAAAAAAUUUUGUUAUCGUAGUCGGUAAGGCGUAAGCAAUUGAUCUUUUACAAUCAUAUCAUGAAUCAUGAAUCGUUAUACAAAAAUAAUUAUAAUUAAAUAUAUUAUGAAAAGUAUUGGCCUGAUUUUUUUAUUAAAUUAGAAGGUUCACUUGCUUUAAACAAAAGCUAUCCUUAAAAUGUGCAAUAUUACUAUAAUAAAUUGUACAAAAUAUCUACUAGGAUGCUGUACAAAUACUGAUUCAGUCUAUGCUAGAACAACCUAUGU